UGGCCGUACUGUUGACUUCGUGGGUUGCUCCAUGAAAUUCUUGAUUUUCUCGUGAAACUUUCGAAAUAUUGUUCUAUAAACUUUUGUAACUCAUUACUAUUUUGAAUAUUAUUUGACUUUGUAUAUUUUGUGUGAAGAUGUCGGACGGUAAUAGUCCCAGUGUGAUAAGUUAUUUGAGACAGUACAGGUUUCAAAGGAAACCAACCGCCGCAGGUUCUAGCGGUGGUGUGGUUGUCACUAACAAUCCUUCGGGUUCCCAAACUAUAAGGAUGCCAGCACCAACUUCAAUAAACCGACCUACUGCGCAAGUUGUCAACCGAAAUGGCCCCAUAGUAUACAAACGAAUCAGACUCCCUGAUUCUGAUUCUGAUGAUGCUGGCACUCCUCCGAAGAGGCCUACAAUACAGGUCCAGAGGCCUACAGUUCAGGGUCAAGCUCCAGCGUCCUCCCAUGCCCAGCCGGCUCCACAGGAGCUUACCACUGCUGUCAGGGAGAGAAGGUUCAAGAACAUGCUGGAAAUGUUCCCGGAUUUGUCACCUUUGUUCGUCAAAACUACACUACACAAGCACGGCUGGAGUGAAGAGCGAGCAAGAGACGAGCUCCUGAAACACGACCCUGAAAGCAACGACAAGACCUCAGCUAGAUCCUUCUUUGGGCCACGUCCUGGCUUCUCUGGCCAGAACAACGGGGCACCAAUGCGGGUGGUCAGUGGGCCUUCAGCGGGGACCGCAAUCAUUAGGAGGCCAUUGAAUGGUACUGGAGGCAGAGCCCGGAAAGGAAGCAGUGGUAGUGAAGAUGAUGAUUAUGGAGUCAAGAAAGGGAAGGAUGAUAGGGUUUAUGACAGUGAGGAUUCAGACAAUGAAAUCAAUGACGAUCUCAUCGGAGACAAGAAGAAAGUAUUUGAAUUCCUCAACACAAGCAACAUGAACGAGCUGUCUCUACUCAGCGGCUGCUCGCAAAAGAAAGCUGAAGCUAUUAUAUCUUUGAGGCCAUUCAAGGGAUGGCUUGACAUGGUAGAGAAAUUCAAUAGCAACAAGAGUCUAAGCACAGAGCUGCUCAAUUCCACCCAGGAGUUGCUCUCAACCAGGAACAACAUCCAGCGGCUGAUGAAGAAGUGUGUGGGUUUGGCUCAGCAGCUGGAGGCCGCCGUGGCUGCUGGUGCCGGGAGGCUGAAGCAGCCAGCCAUUCUUGAUCCUAGCUUAACCCUAGCCCCAUAUCAGCUAGUGGGACUGAACUGGCUGGCAGUUCUCCACAAGCAGGCAGUAUCUGGUAUAUUAGCAGACGAGAUGGGCCUAGGCAAGACAGUGCAGGUGAUAGCAUUCCUGGCUCACCUGAAGGAGACUCAGCAAGCGAGGGGAACACACCUCAUUGUGGUUCCUGCUUCUACACUCGACAAUUGGAGCGGCGAACUAGCGCGAUGGUGUCCGUCGCUACGCGUCAGCAAAUACUACGGCCAUCCGGAGGAACGAAGGCAGCUGCGGAUAGAAUAUGCUAAACACCUAAGCAACUAUGACGUCGUGCUUACUACUUACACAAUGGUUAGCAGUUGUCCAGAAGAACGCAAGAUGUUCCGCAUAACGCCGAUGCACUAUGUGAUAUACGACGAAGCGCACAUGCUCAAAAACAUGUCCACACAACGAUACGAUAAUCUACUUAAAAUUAAGUCUAAGCAUCGGCUGCUACUCACGGGCACUCCGCUACAGAAUAACCUUCUGGAACUAAUGUCGUUGCUGUGUUUCGUGAUGCCUCAUAUGUUCUCCGGGAAGACUGACGAUCUCAAGAGUUUGUUCCAGAAGAACGCUAAAUCAAAAACAACCAAUCAAAAGAAGGCAGACAACAAAGAGGACGAUGAACCGGCCUUCGAAAAGACACAAAUCUUGCAAGCGAAGAGGAUAAUGAAACCGUUUGUACUCAGACGACUAAAGAGAGACGUAUUACAAGAUCUGCCCAAGAAGACCAACCACACUGAGCUGUGUCCGAUGUCUGAAAGGCAACAGCAACUGUAUAAAGAUCUAAUCGCUGGUUUCUCAGCGAACGAUGGAUUGGUUCAUGCGACGACGGAACAAAGUGGUAUGUCGAUGAUGAUGGAUAUGAGAAAGCUGGCCAACCAUCCUGUUCUGCUUAGAUAUUACUACCAAGAGAAACAGGUGCGCAAAAUAGCGGCCCUGCUUGCCCGGGACCCGACGUACAAGGAGAAGAACGAACAGUAUGCGUACGAAGACCUCAUGUGCCUUUCCGAUUUCCAGAUACACCAGCUCACGCUUAACCAUAAUUGCAUCAGGUCGUUCGGUCUGCCGGAGCCGCUGAUCCUGGAGUCGGGCAAGCUGCGCAAGCUGGACGCGAUGCUGCCGUCGCUGAAGGCGCGCGGACACCGCGUGCUGCUGUUCAGUCAGUUCGUCAUGAUGCUGGACGUGCUGGAGCCCUAUCUGCGCGCGCGCGGACACCGCUAUCUGCGUCUGGACGGCAGCACGGCUGUUAACGACAGACAAGAUUUAAUAGACCAGUACAACUCAGAAGACAUCUUCGUAUUCCUGCUGUCGACCCGGGCCGGGGGGCUGGGCAUCAACCUCACCGCAGCGGACACUGUCAUCAUCCACGACAUAGACUUCAACCCAUACAAUGAUAAGCAAGCGGAAGAUAGAUGUCACCGCAUGGGGCAGACGCGGCCGGUGAGCAUCCACCGGCUGCUGAGCGCGGGCACCAUCGAGGAGGGGAUCUACCAGGUCGCGCAGGAGAAGCUCAGUCUCGAGCGCCACGUCACCGGCCAGGACGAGAACGAAUCCACGGAACAGAAGAACGUAGUGCGAUUGCUGUCAGCUGCCUUAGGCCUCACAUCACCAAACAAAUGAUUCACAGCCCCCACUGAGACCAUCACCAUUCAAUAGUGAUGGCGUCUACACACGACACGUGACACUGUACGCGAAUUUGUGUGUGAUGUGAAUAUAGUGCUAUGUGCGUUCAUAUGAAAUGUGCUUAACAAACUAUACAAUUUGUGUUGUGAUUAUGUGGUUGAAGGGAGGGGCAUAACCGGACAUUAACUACCCGAAACCGAACAGCCUGUAGAAGAUUGAAGGAGGCCUAAAUCAAAUUGGUUCAAGAUGGCUUGAGAUGAUAUUGGUUAUGUGAAUGACUCAUGCAAAAUGUGCUGUGUUUCUUUGAAUAUCUUGACGUGUAUGAAACUGUUCAGAGAAAUCAUUGCCGUAACUACUCCAUGUACAGAGCUGAAAUUUGGUAAAUAGAUUCCUUGGGAUAUGUAUAGGAGCAUCAAGAGAGGAUUUCCUGAAACUCCCACGGGAACGGGAAGAAAACGGGUGAACAAUAUCGCGAACAAAAACAUUUCGUCACAUACUUUCUCCCGUCAAAUAAACAUACCAGUUUUGUAAAAAAAAACUUCCUAAUUCUGCGUAAUGUUAGAUGUUAUUGGCUGAUGAAGAAAAUUGAUGUGUCUAAUUUGAUGUAAAAAAUCAUUAAGUUAUAAUGAUGUUCAGACUCAAAUAACAUGUUGAUGAUAGAACGAAAUAAUACUAACAAGAAUAUAGGAUAUUCUAUAUUUUAUUUUUAUUAGAACAAUACAACAAAACUGAAAACAUAGAAAGCAGAAUUUUCCCAAUAUAUGAUAAUAUACAAACAAGAAAAAGUAUGUGAAAAUUAAUUCUCAUGUAAAAAAUUGUCCCAAUACAGUUAAGUAGUUAAUAAUGUGAAAGAACAAUGUAUUUCAUGUAAAUACUAGUGUGAAUUGAAAUCGAAAGGUUUGUGUGUUGACCAUGCACUGUGAUUGGUAGAUAAUGUGAGAAUACUUAUGGAUUUAUAUUCAUAAAUAGAGUUUAGAUGUUGGAUAUGUAAAUUGUAAAUUAAAUGCCCAUUACUUGUCUGUUUACACUCCUAAUCUGAGAUUACUUUGAUGCGUCUGUGUUACGACUUUAAGAAAAAAAAAACGGACUAUUUAAUACUUUAGACACAUGCCUAUAGACAUCCAUAUGUGUGUUCUACAUGUUUCAUUAUAUAAAAUACCUGAAGCAGUAUUCAGCAAAUUGAUUUAGCGGGAUUAAUUUAUUUACAACAAAUGAAUAACUACCUAAUUUAUCUAUUAAUAAAAAUACAUCAAACAGCACUUAAAGUCGCUAUUAGAUCGAUGUUUGCAUUCGGUUUUAGAUGACUGUAUGAUGCACUACUCUGCACCAUUGUUAACUUGUAAAGUUAAUAGUUAAACUUUGAUCUUUUAUUUUAUUUUUUUUAAUUUCUUUAAUAUCAAUGUGCAAUAUGCAUCCACAGGGAUUACUAUACAAUACUUCUAUUUCAUAUAUUAGAGUCUGGCCCCAUUGUUACGUAACGCUACGUUGUUUAGACGUCCGUCGACGGACAACGUAGAAAUUUAGUUUCAAUGUACGCCGAUGCACGUCAAUGUUAUAACCUAUGAAAAAAACUGAGCGCAACGAGCUACGUCGACGCAACAGUCGGGCUCUUGGUUGUGUAGUAAACCAGCGGCUCGCUCGGGUAAAAACAUAAUAAAUUAUACCCCUAAACCUUCCUCAGGAAUCGUACUAUCUAUUGGUGAAAAUCGCAUUAAAAUCCGUGCAGUGCGUUUUUGAGUUUAUCGCGAACAGACUAACGCUGUAGAGGACUUUGUUAUAUGUAAGGAUGUAAAAAUUUAACUUCAAUAUUGCAGAUUGGUUGAAUAAAUCAUUGUAUUUACAUUCUGCUAUGUUUACAUUAUACUACAUAUCCCUUUGAGCCAGGAGGUAAUAGACAAUUGAACAACAAUAGGAUCACAGUCCGGUCAGGCCGCGCGGGUACUGGGCCAUGGCCAUCUCUAAAUAGGUAUUAAAAUGUGCAUAACUUGUAAAUAACUGAUAUAUUAAUUUGGAUUUCACCCACAAAAACUGUGAAGUCAAGCCAGAAUAAUCCAUUUCAACUUUUGAACCUUAAAACAUGGGUAUAAGGUUCCAAAUAGUACUGUAUUUUUUCCAAUAUAUGCAUUAUUUAUAGAGUUAUGUGUGAAACACCAGUACCCCCCAGGACUAGAUAACUAGCACCAUAAACACCGUUUUUUUUAUAAUUCGUUAGAUUUUCAUAUAAUAAUACAAAUUCUACGCUGUCGUAACUCCGCCGAAGAGGCGGCGCUCGCGCAUUGGCCCAAAGAUAGACUUAUAAAUAUUACGAAAGGACAAUAAAAAAUAUAAUUUAUAUAAAAUUUAUUGAGUUAUGUCUCUCAAUCUCAAUAUUUAAAACUCGAUAAAAUGCUAUUGUUUAUGGUGCCAGCUAUGUAGCCAUCGACUGAUUGAUUCGCUGGCGUGGUUUUUGUGUUUUCAAGUAACCUAUUUGACAUCAUAUUUUGAUUAGUAUGAUUUUAUUUAAAUAUACACCUAGGAAAAAAAAACAUUACACAUUUUCGUAUAAUGGUAAAUUUAUGAUAAUUUACAUUACGUAAGCUUAAUUUUAAUUAGCUUUAUUAUACGAAAGCAGUAAUAGCAAAAACAUUUUUUGCUCCAAAAUACAUGGGUGAUUGUUUCAUUUUAAAUUAUUGUGAAUAGUGUUCUUUUGAUGCUAAAAAUUAAUUGUAAAAGUAUACGUGUAUUGUACUUGAAUAUUACUUAAAAUAGCGUGUAAGAUAAGUAUUUUUUAUUUAUUAUUGAGUAAUUUCGGGGAUGUUAUAUGAAUAUAAUAUAAUGCCUGUAACACUUGUAUGUAAUUCUAUACAUUUUCUGAACCAAACAUGUUACUUAAAAUUUUCGGUUAAAAUGUCUUGAUUGUUAAAAAUAUAUAAAGUUACGAUUACGCUGCUGUGUCAAUACGGUUAUACCGCCAAAGUUUCAAACUUAGUUUAUAUUCAUUGUAUGUUCCGUUUUUUUUAGUUAAUUUAUUUGAUGUAAACUAGUUAAUUUUAUAGAAUAGACACAUUCCGAACA